ACCCCUCACCUCCACCUCUGUGCAUACCUUCAAGAUACCAUGGCCACCCCAACGCAAGACUGGACCAACGAGCAGCUGCUCUCUGACGCUGUCAGCAAAAAGGACAUCGUCACCUUUCUCCAUCUCAAUGCCAGCCACGACUUCUUGGUCGAAUAUAAGUUGACUGGAAAACUGCCCACGGUCGUCAAGAACGCCAAGAAGGAUUCCCUCCUCGAGGCUUACAGCUCUCUUUUUGCUCGCCAGGCAUUCCGCGGUGCAGAUGAACCAUCAGAAGAGGAGCUCAUGACUGCCAAGAACGCUGCUCCAGUCGUCGAGAAGAAAGAAGUCGCUGCCGAGGUCGGUCCACCAAAGUUCACCAAGACUGUUCUCAAGAAGGGAGAUAAGUCAGGAUACCCCAGGAAGGGCAGCAAUGUCGGUGUCUUUUACACUGGAUACUUUGAGGACGGCACCGUUUUCGACACGAACGACAAUACGAAGAAGAAGAACAACCCCUUGCGCUUCAGGGUCGGUACUGGUCGUGUCAUCGCAGGAUGGGACGAGGCCAUGUUGAGCAUGUCCCGUGGUGAGAAGGCAAAGAUCACCAUCGAGCCUGAGCACGCUUACGGCAAGAAGGGUGUUCCUGACGCCAAGGUCCCCAUUCCUCCCAAUUCACGCCUCAUCUUUGACGUUGAGCUGGUCUCACUGGAUUAGGCUAGAGAGGAAUAAAAUAUAUUUCUGUUUAUUAG